GGCCCGGGGAACGUGUUGAACCGACCGGGUCCGUCGACGUGGGCCCAACUCUCAGUUUCCCCCCAUGGCUGGCCAUUUGUCUCUACGACACGAAGCUAGCAAGCUACUAGCUGUACUAUCAAGCCGACAGCAGCUCCUCAUCUGCGUGGCUGUGUUAGCCAAGAUGUGCCGCCAGACACAUGCUGAUCUCUAGCCUUCUCUAGAGCGCCUCCAACCAAAAUCACAAAUAAUACCUGAUGGCAGAGUGUUCCGAUCCAGCCUGCAGCCGGCCAACUUAUGCGUCGGUUACAAGUGCCCCAGGGGUCAUCCCCUGCGUGGCUGGACCUGUCAGAGAAAGUCGACUCUCACUGCCCGCACUCCCCCAAGCAGAGCGCAAGCAAUGAAGGGGUGGGCGUGAAGGAUGGAAAGGCAUGGGCCAGGGCCUGACUCUCGGAACAGACUCGAGAAGUAAAAACGGGAUGACUUUGUGCUAGUGUAUGAAGAUGUCGCCAAGAUCUCAUGGAAAACGACGUGGAGAAAGAAGAGCAACUGCCAAUAAACGCAAAUCAUAGCAAAACGGUUGGCAAAGGGAGCAAAGCCACGGUGAAAGCUCCGGCCCCUCUCUGUUCGCCGCUUUGAACCUGGCAUCCGCACUGCACAUCUCCGCCAUCGACUACCACGGAGCUGGAUUGCCGUCGCGCGUCCGUCACAUCUUCAUAAGAACCCCCGGAGCUCCCACCCUUCUACCCUCCAUCCAGACUCCAACUGCCGUGUCACUCCAACAUUCAGUCCGGAGCCUCCCUGCAUAUCACAACACACACCAAAUAUGUACGUUACAUCCCGGCCCCCACUCCAUCCCGCUGUCUUUGAUUUAAGAUCCUCUGAGGCCUCCAUGAUAGCUUUCAUAUAGAUCUGAACUAACAUAACCAACAGUCACAACCACGAUACACACGCCUUAUCAGCGAAUACGAUGAAGGCCUUCGCAGCUUCCUCUCUAGCGGCCGCGCUCUAUGCGGCGACAGCCUCCGCUGACGCUAUUCAGGCGUGCCCGAAUACUGAUGUCUGCUUCCGCGUUGCUGUCCCGGCGGCUUCGUCCAGCUCCGGCAGCGGCAACAUGUACUUCCAGAUGUCUGCUCCGACCAGCUACCAGUGGAUUUCCCUUGGCACGGGUUCGUCCAUGUCCAACGCCAACAUGUUCCUGAUGUACGCCGACGGAAACGGCAACGUUACCAUCAGCCCCCGCACUGCGCGCGGCCACAACAUGCCUACCCUCUCGUCAAGCACCACCCUCGAGCUUCUCAGCGGCUCCGGUAUCGUGAACGGUAACAUGGUCGCCAACGUCCGCUGCACCAACUGCGCGUCCUGGAGCAGUGGUUCCAUGUCCUUGAACUCGGCUUCCAGCUCCUGGAUCGCUGCCUGGAAGUCGGGCAGCGCCCUCAACUCUGCCAGCACUAGCCAGAGCAUCCAGCAGCACGACGAGCACACCAACUUCAACCUCGACCUGACCCAGGCGACAGUCCAGACCGACAGCAACCCCUUCACGACUACCUCGGGAAACAGUGGAAAUGGAAGCGGCAGCGGAAGCGGCAGUGGCAGCGGCAGUGGCAGCGGGAAUGGCGGCUCCACCAGCGGCGGCGGUGGUGUUGUAUUUAAUGGAGGCGGUGGUGUUUCGUCCAAGGUCCUCCUCGCCCACGGGAUCAUAAUGACGAUCGUGUUCGUUGCCCUUUACCCCAUCGGAGCCAUCCUGAUGCCCUUGGUAGGCAAGUGGAUGGCUCACGCUGCUUGGCAGUCGGUUGCCUUCUUGCUCAUGUGGGCCGGCUUCGGCACUGGCUACGCUUAUGCUCGCGACAACGGUUAUCUUUUUGCGCAAACCCAUACCCUCCUGGGUACCGUAGUUGUUGCCCUCUUGGCCGUGCAGCCGUUCCUCGGUUACGCCCACCACGCCUACUACAAGAAGUUCCAGACCCGCGGUGUUGUCAGCCACGUCCACAUCUGGUUCGGCAGAAUUGUGAUGAUUCUCGGCAUCAUCAACGGUGGUCUCGGUCUCGAGCUCGCUAGCUCAUCUCGGGCCUAUGUCAUUGCGUACUCCGUGGUUGCUGCUAUUCUCGGCGUUGCGUGGAUUGGAUCCGCCGUUUGGGGCGAGAUGCGCAAGUCCAAGCGCAACACCGUCAAGCGCGAGCAGAGCCACGAGUCUCCGGAUUCCCAGCAACGCAUCCCCUACCGUCAAAAGAAAUAAGCGCUCGGCCUAGCUUGGCUCGGGGGUUUGUUAUGGAUGGCGGCAAGAAUACAGAGGGAAAAGACCAUAUGGGAUACAGAGAGUAGCCUCUAAUUUGUUUUGUAUAAUCGUUAUACCACAGGUGGCAGUGUGCCGACCUUGCCACGUCUACGAAAGAUCUGGGCCGCAGUAUGAAGACACGGCAAUUCGGGUAGAGCACGGAGUUUGUGGCGUUGUUGGUGUUGGGUUUCUUGAAUGAUAGCUUGUGCAAUAUCGAUCACUUGAUCUAAACCACCGAUAUUUGCAGGUGUGAUGGAUAGUCUUACAAGCUUUGAACACGAGCCCUCGACUAUUUGUACGCAUCGUUGUGUCCUUCCAUUCUAAUCUGAUACGGGUAGUAUAGCAGGGUGAGCAACGACGAUGAAAGUUACAAAUAUACCGGAAAGCAAGAGAGAGAAAGACGCCUUUCCAUCAACACACUUCUGCAAUAUCUUGUCGCUUGUCUCGAGAACAAAACCAAAUGGAUCAGUCGAGACAGAUAUCUAGCAUGGUAGAUGACUGAAUACCGAAUCAGCUCGACUUCGAGCUCAGCGUACAACAGCAGAGACACCUGAUGGUGACGAGAAUGACGGAGUAUGAGAGACAUGGAUGUAUGAGGUCAUGCACCAAAAAACCGAUUGUUGCAGCUGUGAGAGAGCUAGCCCGGAUCGCCAGAGGAGCUUAGGCCAAGCUUGGUCCGAACAAAGUGUGGCAGUUUGAACUCUCUUGGUGCGUUCUGGUAGGUGUGCCCGGCGUCAAGUGCCAGCCUAUGAUGUCGGCGGUGGUGGUUUGGUGGAGGGGGGAAGUUGACGAAACCGUUCCUUCUUGGCUGUCAAUUACUCCCAAUGACCACCUCUUC